AUGAAAAACGGGCGUAUCAUUCCCACUUGGGUUCUUGCAGAGAAGUAUAAGGAAGUGAAAGGUUUGAAGGAGUCAACUCGCAUUGAAUCUGCAAGCUUGCUGGAGUUGUUGACCAAGCAUUUAAACCUCAUUCAAAUUUGUAUAGAUGGAAGGGGGGAUAUUUUAGAAAAUAACGGCCACGAAAUCAAGAAGACCGUGGACUCUUUAAAGAAUAAUCAGAGAAAUGAUCAAAUAACUGUCAACCAAAAAGUGGAGGAGGCGAUUGCAUCUAAUUAUGAGACAGUAAUGGAAUAUCUAGACAGUCACCGAGACAGAGAUACCCUACAGCCAGUGUUGAUUAAGGUGACAAGUGUCAAUUUGAUGACUAGACUAACAAGUGUACAGGACAAAAGGAAUUUUCAACGGGCUAAAGGUCUGGUGGGUCAGAAUUUGGAACUUUUUAAGGACAUGAAAAACAAAUUAAUGGCCCAUUCUGGUUUACUUAGUUAA